AUGAGAGUUUAUUUUCACGACGAUAUCCUCACGCUCUAUGCUGAACGGAAAGACGACAAGUUUGUGGAAGAAGAUAUCUAUGGAAAUAUGCAGCGAGGCUUUGGGUGGGUCACAAAGUCGAUACGACUGCCUCAUAACACGGACUAUAACCGGAUAAGCGCAACCUAUAAAGAUGGAGUUCUGUCUGUUGUGAUUCCCAAGCCAGAAGCAGGCGCAGUCACAGGCAGGGAAAUUGAAAUUCCGAUAAAGUAAUGCAAGUGAAA